AUGGCAUCUGCACAGUUUGUCUUCUAUCUGACAUGUUUGUUCUUGAGGGAAACAGUUCACACAAAUGACCUCAAAUUCUCCUUGUCUGUUCAUCAAGAAAGACAUUUUGUAUCAGCUAAUACUGGGGACGAUGUGACUCUGCGCUGUUUCUAUGAAGGUAAUGAUGUGGCAAGACUUUACUGGUAUAAGUUAAAUUUGGGAAAGGAAUCAAAGCUCCUUUGUACUGUCAACACAGUGGACAAUCAAGCCAUGUUUCAUGAUGAAUUCAACACUGAUCCACGAUUCACAGUGAAUUUUGAAAAAGGAAAGAUUGACUUAAAGAUAACAGACCUGCAAAUUUCAGACUCUGCUACUUACUAUUGUGCAAGCAGCUAUGGAUACAGGUUUACAUUUGCAGAGGGUACUGUCAUUGAUGUAAAGGGUUCAGGGUCGAACAUCCCAACUUUAGUGCAGCAGUCAACAUCUGAGACCAUCCAACCAGGAGGCUCUGUGACUCUGAACUGUACAGUACAAACUGGGACCUGUGAUGAAGAACACAGUGUUUACUGGUUCAGAGACUCUGAAGAAUCUUUCCCAAGAAUCAUUUACACCCAUGAAGGCAGGAAUGAUCAGUGUGAGAGGAAACCCAACACACAGACACACACUUGUGUCUACAACCUGCCAAUGAAGAGCCUGAAUACGUCUCAUGCUGGGACCUACUACUGUGCUGUUGCCUCAUGUGGACACAUACUGUUUGGAAACGGGACCAAGCUGGAGUAUGAGAGGAACUGUUGUGUCUCUGUAUAUUUCUUGAGUGGAGCUUUGGCAUUCACCACACUUCUAAGUGUUUUAAUGGCUUUAUUACUGUAUGUGACCCACAAGAGAAGCAACUUUAAACACGCAGCAGUCGCACAGGUUUUGACUGAGCGUCUUGGAGGUGACACACAUAUCUCAUGUUCAGUGGUUUUACCUGCUUUCUGCCACCUGCAUCACACCAUGGAGGUCUUCAAUGAAGACUCGAACUAUAUGGUCAAAUUUAAGACCGCCUUCACAGAGAACCUAUCCUAA